CAAAGAAAAUGUGGAUAUCCACAAAAAUAGCACCUUUCACCGUUUGCACGGCGUUAAACUUUUGUGGUUCUACUGACAUUUUCCCGGUUGGACUUCACUUUUAACAGCAGGUUCUGUGCAAAAGUAUAAAUACUGAACUGUUACUUCCUGAUCGAUGUUUCACAACUUGCAGCAGAGAUAUACAGGAUCAAGAGAAGAAACAAAGGGUAAGGCAAAAACACAAGCAACAAUAUGGGACAGUCGUUGAUGAUACGGCCAUGGCUGUUGCUGUGUUUCGCAGCGUUCUGUUUCACUGUUGAGGUUGAUUUUUCAGGAAGACCAACAGUACCUCAAGAGGAAGAGGAAGUCAAUCCAUUCGAUGUCAUAUCGAAGCAAAAAAAGGAUGACAUCUUGCCAGCAUCAGGGAGAUCAGUGGAGUCAAAAACGGUUUAUCAAGGCGACAUUGUGCUGAAUGAUGACGAAAACGCUGCCCUUGGGUUGGGUCGAUCAGCCAGUCAGAAUAUUAUUGUACUCACAUGGCCAAGAAAACUAUGGAGAACACGAACAGUUCCUUAUUUGUUAUCUGGUCAUUCCUAUAGCGACGUGCAAAAAAUUGAAGCUGCAAUGAGAGAUUUGGAAAACAGGGUUUGCCUGAAAUUCAGAAAAUACAAAUCAGGAGAUAAAGCUUGGCUCUACAUUCACAAAGGGACAUCUUGCUGGGCAAAUAUUGGUAGGAGUCUGGCCUUUGGUAAAACUGAUGUGAGUCUUGGUCCUUCAUGCUUGUCAAAAACUCUGAUCCAACACGAGCUCAUUCAUGCAUUAGGAUUCUUUCAUGAGCAAAGUAGAAGGGACAGGGAUAACUAUGUGAAAGUUUUAACAUGGAACAUCAGUCCAGCCAACCUAUACAAUUUUGACAAGACAAAGAAAUAUGAGGCAGAAACCUUUGGUGUACCAUAUGAUUACAACUCAAUCAUGCACUAUACGAAAACGACAUGGACAAGAAAUGGACAGGACACGAUGCAGGCAAAGAAUGAUCAAGAUUUACGGCUUGGUGGAACUGUAUUGAGUAAAUAUGACGUCAUGAAGCUGAACUUGAUGUACCAUUGCCAUGAGAAAAAUGGUGAAAGGUGGACUGAAUGGUCCGACUGGUCAAGAUGUAUACGAAACAAUUAUGGCUGUUAUCGAAGCAAACAUCGAAUUUGCUUGGUUGAAAACCUGGCUCUAUGUCCAGGGGCAGAUGAAUAUGGUGUCCAGUCAAAUGCACAGAAAUGCCCCUCGCCAAGCUACUGUGACGUUGAACCAGUGGAUGGAUUUUGGGGGAGCUGGUCUUCGUGGGCUGCGUGCUCAAAGUCAUGUGAUAAAGGGACAAGGAGAAGAUCUCGCCAGUGCAAUUCACCGAGACCAGCAAAUGGUGGAAGGAAUUGCAAGGGUGCAGCGACAGAUACAGAGAAAUGCAUGAGACGAACGUGCACAGCUAACAAAUAUUACACAAAUUUUGAUAAUGGCUUUGGAGUUUGGUCCAAUGUUCAAGGAAGAAAUGACCCUCUGAAUUGGCAGCGUGGCCGUGGAAAAAUGUCACAGUAUUCUGGACCACAAUCUGACCAUACGGAUGGAAAUGGUUGGUAUCUCUACGUCUCAACUGCCAGCUACACAAGUCACAAGAAAAGGGCAGGAUUAAUAAGUGAAUAUCUUUCUGGCAAAAAGUGCAUAUCUCUGGCAUAUUGCAUGCGUGGUAAAAACAUGGGAAGGCUUGAUUUUUCGUUGCAAACAUCGAGUGGACAGUGGUACAAUUUUCCAUCUACCAAAAAGGGUCACCAAGGAACUGGUUGGCACGAUAUUGAAUUUUCGCUCGUAAAUCCAGCGUACACAAAGACUUCAUACCGGUUCUUAAUCGAAACAACCACUGGUAUUGGCCCAUAUUCAGAUAUAGCUAUUGAUGACAUUCUGAUAGAAAAUGGAGCAUGCGGAAAGAAUGUGGAAGCAUCGAAGCCGAACCCAGGCAUUGCUCCUGUCGUGAGUCAAGGCUGCACCAACAAAAACAAGAACUGCAUUUCUUGGGAAAAACACGGAGAAUGCCAUAAGAACCCUGGUUACAUGAAGACUGGGUGCUGUCUUUCUUGCAGGGGUACGGGUGACUGUACUAAAGAUUCUUACAGUGCAACCAGUUGCCCAGACUGGGCAAGUAAGGGGGAAUGUGAGAAGAAUCCAAUAUGGAUGUGGAAGAACUGCUGUAAAUCCUGCAAAAAGCAAGGAAAUUGCAGUGAAAGUAACAAGAAUUGCAAGAUUUGGGCAAAGGAUGGAUGGUGCAACAAGGAAAGCCAUGUUGUCUACAUGUGGAAAUCCUGCUGUAAAUCCUGCAAAGAAUGGUGGGAAAAACAAUGAUGUAGUUGCUGGACAAAACGAGGUGAUUGCAAACAAAUCGAAAAUGGACGAUAGAAUGUUACAAAUUAUGAUUUUGUAAGAGACCUACAUGGCAAAUGGAAAAAACUAACAUCACCAUGAACGUUUUGAAAUACACCCAAUGAACUUUCGCUAUACGUUUAUAAACACUAACGAUUUAUUACUCUGAAGUGACUAAAAAAAUCUUUAGUUAGUUUUUGUUGUAAAGUGAGAAAAUGUAACAAGGCAGUUGCUUUUUUACCACAAUGAGCUAACGUUCCUGACAAUUCCUUUUACUACAAGGAAUCAUUCUUAUAGUUUUAAUAUAAAUAAUUUCUAUUGGAAUG